CUCUUCGCCUUUAUAACAUUGAAAAUGGCGCCGUAUUUAUUAUAGGAUGUCUUUUCUCUAUGUUUAGUUAUUUGUGAAGCUAUUUGGAGACAGUAACAAUGUAUGGUGUGUAUCGCCCUACACACGCCCCUACGGGGAUUGAACAUUGUAUAUACUGUAAUUUUUUCAAUAAUGUUGAAAAAUCACUCAUCAUAGCAGGAGUCAAUCAACUGCAUGUGUUUCGCCUUACUCCAGAAGAGGCAGCACUUUUUGGAGAUAAACUUCCUGAACGAAUUGGUGAGAUUCGCAAGAAAUUAAAAUUAGAAUGUAUGUUGUCAUUUAGUCUUUUUGGCAAUGUGAUGUCUAUGAAAUCAGUCAAAUUGGUUGGUGCUCAACGAGAUGCUUUACUUUUGAGUUUCAUGGAUGCUAAGCUUUCUCUGGUGGAGUAUGAUCCUGGGACUCAUGAUUUGAAGACUUUAUCUCUUCAUUACUUUGAAGAACAAGAAUUAAAAUGUGGUUUUGUUGAAAACCGACACCUUCCAAUUGUCCGUGUGGAUCCAGAUGGGAGAUGUGCUGCAAUGUUGAUUUACGGUAGACACCUUACAAUUUUACCAUUUCGUCAUGAUGUCAGUUUGGAAGAAGGAGAUACUACAUUAGGCUGUAAACCACCAAUACUUUCAUCAUAUUUAAUUGAUCUUCGCUCCAUGGAUGAGAAAAUUACUAAUGUUUUAGACAUUCAGUUUCUGCAUGGUUAUUAUGAACCAACAAUUUUCAUCUUGUAUGAACCUCUGCAAACUUGGUCAGGGCGAACAGCUGUACGAACAGAUACUUGCAGCAUUGUGGCUAUUUCUUUAAAUAUCCAACAGAAAGUUCAUCCUGUUAUAUGGUCAUUAACAAACUUACCCUUUGACUGCUUCUGUGCUUUACCAAUUCCUAAACCCAUAGGUGGUGUUGUUGUGUUUGCAGUAAAUUCCCUCUUAUAUUUGAAUCAAAGUGUACCCCCUUAUGGUGUUUCAUUAAAUGGUAUUGCACUUUCUUGUACAGCAUUUCCACUCAAACCCCAAGAAGGUGUUCGAAUUGCCCUGGACUGUUGCCAAGCAACACUGAUCUCGUUUGAUAAAUUAGUUCUGUCACUGAAAGGUGGAGAACUGUAUGUCUUAACAUUGGUUGUUGAUGGCAUGAGGAGUGUGAAGAGUUUUCAUUUUGACAAAGCUGCUUCUAGUGUCCUUACUACAUGUAUGUGUCAGUGUGAAGAAGGGUAUUUAUUUUUGGGGUCACGACUCGGUAACUCUUUACUUUUGAAGUACACAGAAAAAAUGCUUGAAGCUUCUGUCAAUAAAAUUGAUGCUGAUGGCAAAAAGAGUGAUCCACCUUGUAAAAAGAAGAGAACUGACAAUUCUGAAGUCAUGGCCUCUGAUGUAUCACAAAUUGAUGAUCUUGAUGAAUUAGAGGUGUAUGGUGAAGGAGAUGCCAUCAGUGGAACAACCAUUACUUCAUUCACUUUUGAGGUUUGUGACAGUAUUCUCAACAUUGGUCCAUGUGGAAGAAUGGUGAUGGGAGAACCUGCUUUCCUUUCUGAAGAGUUUUGUAAUACAAUAGAUCCUGAUUUGGAACUUGUAACAACAUCUGGGUAUAGCAAAAAUGGUGCUUUAUCAGUAUUACAGCGGAGUAUCCGUCCUCAAGUUGUGACAACAUUUGAGCUGUUUGGCUGCUUGGACAUGUGGACAGUAUUUGGAAGCAAAGCAGAUUCAAUAACUGAUGAAGACAUCUUGAAAACAGAUUUGAAAGAUGAAAAUGAAGAGAAAAGCGAUGAGAAAAAGGGUAUCGGUGAAGAUGUAACACAAAAAGAUGGUAAAGCAAUUUCUGAAGAAGAUAUUGAAGAUGGCCAUACAUUUUUAAUAUUAAGUAAAAGUGACUCUAGCAUGAUAUUACAGACCGGUCAAGAAAUUAUGGAACUCGACCACAGUGGCUUCAGCACACAAACACCAACUGUAUUUGCUGGGAACAUAGGAGAUAAUAAAUAUAUUGUUCAGGUGUCUCCUAUGGGAGUACGUCUUUUAGAAGGAGUUAAACAACUGCAACAUAUUCCCAUUGAUGUGGGUUCACCUAUUGUUCACUGCUCUGUUGCUGAUCCUUUCUUGUUGGUUAUGAGUGAAGAAGGCCAGGUGGUGUUAUUGUCCCUAAGAGCUGACAACUUUGGUAGUGGUGUCCGACUUGCAGUCACCAAACCACAGUUACAACAGAAAAACAAAAUCAUCAGUUUAUGUGCCUAUAAAGAUCUCAGUGGGUUAUUUACCACAACAACGAUCAAAGCCGAUACAUAUUCUGCAAACCCACUGGAAUUUACCAAAGUACACAAAAUACCAGAAGAACGGUUAUCUAGUAAUCUCACUUGCAGCUUCAUUGAUGAUGAAGAUGAAUUACUGUAUGGAGAAUCUGAAUCUGUGUUUGGGAAAACUGUAAACAAUAGCAAUAAACAUGCUCCUAAACAGAGUCCAUCUGAUAUCUACCAAAAAAAAGAAAUAAAAGCUUCUUAUUGGGUUGUAAUAUGUCGGGAAAAUGGUGUACUUGAGAUUUAUACCUUACCUGAUUUUCGAAUGACCUAUUAUGUAAAGAAUUUUCCUAUGGGACAAAAGGUUUUGGUGGACAGUGUGCAAAUGACAGAAUUAUCUGUAAGGCCUAGUAUGAGCAAUACUAGUAGUAGUAGUGACCGACAAGAAAAAGUUAUUGGUGAUAUGCCAGUUAUUAAGGAGCUUCUGUUGGUUGGGCUUGGUUGUCGCAAUUCACGGCCUCAUUUAUUGGCUCGAGUAGAUGAAGACUUGCUAUUAUAUGAAGCUUUUCCAUUUUACCAAACUCAAAUUGAUAACCACUUGAAAAUCCGAUUCAAGAAAAUACAACACAAUCUUAUCCUCAGAGACAAGAAAUCAUCUCGUGCGCGUAAAAAAGGAGUGGAAGUCACUGAGGAUGUCGGUAUUCUGAAAGAAAGCCAUGUUUGUUUGAUGCGGUACUUUGAGGACAUAACUGGUUAUUCUGGGGUUUUUAUAUGCGGUGCAUAUCCCCACUGGAUUAUCAUGACUGCUCGGGGUUCCCUUCGAAUACACCCUAUGAACAUUGAUGGCCCGAUUACAUGUUUCGCUCCUUUCCAUAAUAUCAACUGCCCAAAAGGUUUCUUAUAUUUCAACAAAGCUGGUGAGCUACGGAUAUGUGUUUUGCCUACCCAUCUUACUUAUGAUUCACCAUGGCCCGUGAGAAAAGUGCCUUUAAGAUCUACCCCCUAUUUUGUUGUUUAUCAUCCUGAAAGUAAGACGUAUGCUGUUGUCAGCAGUGCUCAAGAACCCUCUAAUAAGCUGCCCAAAACCACCACUGAUGAAAGAGAAUUUGAAAUCAUUGAACGAGAUGAUCGGUUUGUUUACCCAAUGACAGAAAAAUAUUGUGUACAGCUUUUUUCACCAGUCAGCUGGGAAGUCAUUCCUAAUACAAAGAUUGAAUUUUUGGAUUGGGAACAUGUUACAACACUUGUGAAUGUAUCUAUGAGGAGUGAAGGGACGCUAUCUGGUUAUAAGGGAUACUGUGUAAUGGGGACUAAUUUCUCACUAGGAGAAGAAGUACAAUCUCGUGGUCGGAUAAUCAUUUUUGAUAUCAUUGAGGUAGUCCCUGAACCAGGGCAGCCGUUAACUAAAAAUAAAAUCAAGGUAAUCUAUGAAAAAGAACAAAAAGGACCUGUGACAGCUCUUGCACAAGUUGAAGGCUUUUUAUUAUCUGCAAUUGGUCAGAAGCUUUAUAUUUGGACAUUGAAAGAUAAUGAUCUGUCAGGAGUGGCUUUCAUUGAUACAUACAUUUAUAUUCAUACCCUUAGUACAUUAAAAAAUAUCAUUUUGGCUGGAGAUUUGUUGAAAAGUGUUUCUGUCUAUCGAUAUCAAGAAGAGCUGAAAGUGUUGUCAUUAGUCAGCAGAGAUAUUCGUCCCAUGGAAGUUUAUACUGUUGACUUUAUGGUAGACAAUGUUGAUCUUUGCUUCGUUGUAACAGAUAGAUUGAAAAAUUUGCUUGUCUACUUUUAUCAACCCGAAGCAAGGAAAAGUUGUGGUGGACAGAGACUUUUACGGCGAGCUGACAUGAACAUUGGAUCACAUGUUCUCAGUACUUUCCGAGUGAGAUGUAAAUUAUCAGAUCAAUCAAUUGAUCGCAAAAUGAUUAGUGUUGCUGAAAAAAGACAUAUUACUUUCUUUGCAACACUUGAUGGCAGUAUUGGGUUUGUAAUGCCUAUUUCUGAGAAGGUAUAUCGACGUUUACUCAUGUUGCAAAAUGCCAUGGCAACUCUCAUUCCACACAUAGCUGGUCUUAAUCCCAAGGCAUACAGGGCUGCGAAGGCCACUAUUCCAGAGUUGUUCAACCCCAGUCGAAAUAUUCUUGAUGGUGAGCUGUUGUGGAAAUACACCAAUCUGAGUGUAAUUGAGAAAAGUGAAGUUGCCCGCCGUAUCGGUAUUACUGUUGAUCAAAUUAUUGAUGAUUUGAUGGAAAUCGACCAUUUGAGCUCUCAUUUCUAAAGCGGCAUUGUUGUUGUUGUUGUUGUCUUCUUUCCAUUUUUUUGUCAUCUGUCUGAUGGUGAUAUAUUAUAACAACUACAAUGAUGCUUCAUCAUCAUUCAACUGACUUUAUGGGUUUCUAUGGCAGCUUGUGAAAGCUUGCAAGGAUGAUUACACACACACACACACACACACAACACACUUUACACAAAAGCACAAAUACUCUUACCACAGUUUCUUACACAUACGCAGUUAUGGAACCACAUAGAUACAUAACCAGUUAUUCACUGUUACAUAUAUAUAUAUAUAUAUAUAUAUAUAUAUGCUCUUAUAUAAAGUCACAAUCAAAUACAUAUGUACAGUUGUACACAUAUGUGAGUGUGUAUAUAUAUAUGAUUGGUUUAAACAUUCCAUAGGGGCCCUAAAUGUUUACACAUGAAUUGAUUCAUUAAAUCAUUUCCACCCAUUGA